CGACAAAUAGUUUAUUUAAAGUCUUGAAAUGUGAUGGUGUAUUUGAUUAUUCGGCACACCAUCAUUACACUGUAGGCUUGCAUAACAAUCAUGAGAGCUAAACGGGUUUAAGACGCACAGCAGACUCAAGAACUACUCUAUGUAAGAUGAACACUGAGGACAAGUUGGAGGGUAUCCUGCUGAAGUGCAGCAGUGGAGGAAUAGAUGGAGGAGGCAGAGUCGGGCUAGGCAGCGGAGGAGGACUGGUGGUGAUGACACUGGGGGAACGAUCACUGGCAAACCACCCUCUGUUGGCCGAGGACGACGACGAUGAUAAAGAUGACGAUGAGGACCUGACUGGAAGCUCGCUGGUUACUCAUGACCUGGUCCCUCCCGAGCAGCUUAUGAUGCAGGAGGAGAUGACAAAGAAUGGUAGAGGAGGAGGAGAAGAGGAGGGAGGCGAGGUGGGAGUGCAUUUCCCCCUAAAACUCACCAAUAAGUUGCCUUGCUUGCUUCAUAUGCCAUUGAGCAUCAAGCAGGAACUGAAGCUGUCUGAGACACCAGAUCAGAUAAAGAAGGACAAAAAAGGAGUUAAGGACCUGAUGGUAUGUCCCAAGAAGAAAAAAAGGAAGCAGCGUUCACCAGCGAAGAUUCUCAACAUCAAUGAUGAUGAAUCAUUGGGCAUACAAAACCCCAAGUGUCAUGUCUGUGUUCACUGUAAUGCUGCAUUCAGAACCAACUACCAUCUGCAGAGGCAUGUCUUCAUUCACACUGGUGAGAAGCCAUUUCAGUGCAGCCAGUGUGAUAUGCGCUUCAUUCAGAAAUAUCUUCUCCAGAGACAUGAAAAGAUCCACACUGGUGAAAAGCCUUUUCGCUGUGACGAGUGUGGGAUGAGGUUUAUCCAGAAAUACCACAUGGAGAGACACAAGAGGACUCACAGUGGAGAGAAGCCUUACCAAUGUGACUACUGUCACCAGUACUUCUCCAGAACAGACCGGGUUUUAAAGCACAGGCGAAUGUGUCACGAGAACAGAGAGAGAAAGACCAACAAGGCAGCUGGUAAAGUUGGGCCUUUGCAUGAAGCAGAUUCUUUGGGCCUCCCCUUUCUUGCCAAAGAGUGUUCACUGCCCAAGAAAAAGCGGCAAAAGUGCGCAGACAAGAGUUCAGGCGCUUCCACUGCUGCCCAGACAGAUGGGUACACUGUCGCUGUUGUCGAAACGGAAGAGAAGGAGGAGCAGAGACAGAAUAAAAUUGAAGGUCUACCUCUCUUUGCUGUGUCCUCCAAAGUCAAACAUGAGUAUGUGAUUGCAGACUACUCUGUGGAACUUCCUGAAGAAACGGCUAGCCAACACCAAGAGGGAGAAGUGUCAACAGAAGACACAACUCCUCCCAAACUUGUCCUGAAGAAAGUCCCCAAGAGGAGUCUCAAACAGUCCAGUGAACAAACUCCUCCCUGCCUGUCCACUUUGUCUUCCUUUGAAGAAAAUACUAAGGUCACACAGUACACCUUUGAAAUUGUAGACAAGCAAGGCCUUUUAGAAGUCGAAAGCAACGCUGAUCUCGAGCCCGUUGAAACUCUUCAAGGAGGACCAACGAAGCCGGCAGCCGGCAGCACAAACUACGACGAUGCCAUGCAGUUUCUCAAAAAGAAACGAUAUCUUCAGGCUGCAAUGGCCAACAACAGUCGGGAUUACGGUCUGAACACGAGCAGCAUUUCUUCUCAGCCGUCUGUUACGCAAACUGUGGUGUCAGCCGUGAUUGAAGAGACUGUCCCUGCCACCAUUCUGGAGCCCCAGCCCAUCAACACAGAUAUUAAAACCACACAUGACAAGAGUGUGUUGCCAGAUGAGGUUCUUCAGACGCUGUUGGACCAUUACUCCAACAAAGCCAAUGGGCAAUCAGACAUUUCCUUCAGCGUAGCUGACACAGAGGUGACAUCGAGCAUAUCCAUUAAUUCCUCCGAUGUUUCAGACAGCAGCCCUGUGGAGAGCCUCGGAGCCUCUACUGCCCAGGCUCAGCCAGCUACUGAGAAGGUCAGCCUCUUGCAGGAAUACUCCAAGUUUCUCCAGCAAGCACUGGAAAGGACCAGCCAGAACGACAGCUACCUGACCAGCCAGAGCCUCAGCUUGGUCUCCGAAAACCCCACCUUAGCUGGACAACCUCUGUUCUCCACCGAGAAACAGUUCCCUUCCCCCAGCAGGUUCAAAUCAGGGAUGAGCUCUCCGCUACGGUCCACUUUAGAGAAACCUCACUUUGGAUUACUGGUCGGGGACUCCCAGCACUCCUUUUCAUUUUCAGGUGAUGAGACCACCCCUCCCUCCGCCGUGUCCCCAGCUGAGGAGGACUUUCUGGAGCAGGUCUCACCCUCCAAAAAGACAGACACUUCACAAGGCAUGCUGCAGACCUUUCAAAUAAGCUCCUUCGAUCAGAACUUCAAAACUCAUUUCCAGACUUCAAGAUCUGGAUCCUCCUCACAGUUUACUGUUGCCAAUGGACAAUUAAGUCUCCGAGGACACAGCACAGACUUCUCAGAGUUCCCCUUAGUCAGAGUCACUGAGACCAGGUCUCAACUGAACUCCUCCCCUGAUGUUACAUCCAGUGAAACCUUUGGCUGAACGGAGGGGAAGAGAAUUCAUUUUCUGUUCAUAAUUUCAGCGGCACUUUAUCUCAUGUCUCUUGUUUUGCCAAAACAAGUCGUGUGUGUGCUCUUUCUCUAAGCAUUUAGUUCUAAAAACAUAUUAUUGUUUUGUUUUUGUUAAGUGCAACCUCAUAGAAUGGAAAUAAUGAAAAUUGAUAAAUCGUAAUUAGCAUUUCCCCUUAAAAAAAAAAAAACUCAUUGUAAUUGCGCAUGGGUAUAUUUGUUGCUCAAGAAUGUUCAUUGAGAGAUUAAGCGACCAAAGUGUAAUGCUAGAGAUGGCUGUGAAAUAUUCUCUCAUGCCAUUGCCACAGAGUUUUAAUAUUUUGUCAGUUUGCCUUACACAAAAAAUGAUCAAGUCACUCUUGCUGCUUAAUGCAAUAUUUCCACUUAUUAAAACAUAGGCCCUAUUUAUAUACGGCUUUUUGCUCUUACUGUAGCUACCUCCCCUUGCUGUUUAUCUGGUUAUAUUUAAGUCCCCUCCUAGACCUUGUUAUUCCAGCUGUGUAACUCCUGUUAAAUUGUCUACUGACACUGACACCAUGAUUAGAUCAUAACGGAUUCUUCACUUUAUGUUGAAGUCACUUUACUGUCACCUGAGACGGGUGUGUCUACAUGACGUGUAAUGAAUGCUAUACAGGAAAGAUGUAACUGAUUGUAUUCAUCUCAUAUGGAAUCUAGUGUAUUUUCCAUUUACAGAUUGGGCCUAGUUUGGUUAGUGUGAUGGCCAAAAAGAAGACAUUAUAGUUCUCAUUCAAAGAAAAUGAAUUCAUUCAUUAUUUUAUUCCCUUUGUGCCUAAAUUUCAUGGCACAGAUUUUUGUGACUAGUGCAGAUUAGGCAGUGUAAUAAACAAAAAAAAAAAAAAAGAUUUAGGAAUCAAAAAGCUGCAUUCAUGUAAUGGUUGCCGGGUCACUGUUAUUUUUCCCUCAGCAGUAUAAGUGAGUUGUAAUGAAAUUACGUAAGAAGAUUGUGCUUAACCUUUGCACAAUUUGCACAAUUUUUCACCACAGGGAAUGUAGUAUGUACUUUCAGAUUAGGGUUAUUUGAAAUUACAGAUGAUGCUUGUUGCUUUCGUCACUUCUAACGUAGCUCUUGGAGUUGCAGUUUUAUAGUACUUUGUUCUUGGAAGAUGCACAGGUUUUGGGGAAACAAUGUGAUUAGGCCCCCUUGUAAUGAUUGAAACUCAAAGUUUCAUUAAGGGUAUAUUAGGAAAAACAUUACAAAUGGAAAUUAGGUACUUGGUUUUCCAGCUUUAUUAGUUCUGCAUCUGUACCUUUCUUUUCUUUCUUUUUUAUUCCAGACUUUCCUUUACUCAUUCCUGUAUAUGUAUUUCUGUUUUUUCUUAGUUAGUGCUCUGAAGCUACUAAUUCCACUUGCACAAUGACAACAAACACAUAAGCUAUCAACCUAUUCAGUCUGUAAUACGUUGAGAUCUGGGAGCUUUAUUUAAUUUUGCCCAUCAUAUUUUAUUAUUUUAGCAAGAAAUGGCACAGAGUUUAAUUCUCAAACUAUUAUCUGUUGGAAGGACACAGCAUUUUAAUUGUGUGUGUGUGUGUGUGUGUGUGUGUGUGUGUGUGUGUAUAUAUAAGUACAGAAUCAUGUUUCAGAUAUCUGUAGUUUUGAUCAUUAUCACCUAUUUGCUAGAAUUCACUAGUAUGUCCAGACCUUGUUGAAAAAAAUGCGAUUGAGUGAGGUCUCCUCUGUACUUCAUCACACUGUUGAUUGUUUUCCAUUUGUACAUGUAUGUGUGAUGCGUUAGGUGCUAUUGUGUAUAACACUGUUUUUAUAUGCACCAUCAAAUUAGGUUUGAGAAUUGAUGUUAAACUCCCUCUUGUUAUAAUUCUACGGACAAUCAGGGACAGACAGCACCCACAUUAAUCAUCAAAUGCUUUAUUUUUCCUCAUCGAACAUUCCCACUAGAAUGUACAGAAGAUAUCCUGCUGUAAAUACAUUGUAUAUUUUUAUGUUCUGAGAAGUACUGUUAGAUCUUUGUGUCAAUAGAGAGACAAGGCUUGUGCAAGAGACACUUUUUGUCAGUGGAAGGCACAUGAAUUUGUUUUCCAGCAUUUAUUACAUUCAACAAUGAAUCCAUUUCUCUUGUUGACGCGAUGCGGCUUUCUGAGGUUUGUAUAUAUCUCACCACUGUUAUCAGAAGAAAAUUAACACUUACUGUUUUUGCAGUUUUAUUGAUGACUGGUUAAAGUGAAUUUUGAUUAUUUUUUUGUAAGUUAAUGCAGUUGAUUGUGCAUUAUGAUGGGAUUUACUGUAGCUGUUGGUAAUGAAAAGCCCUCCACCCCCAGAAAAUGUUCAUUUGGUUUUAGCAUUAUGCAUUUAAUCUCAACAGCUGUGGUCAGUUGGAAUUCUUGUCGGGUUAAAGUAACUUUUGGGUGGAGUAUAACUAAAAAAAAUAAGUGUUGUGGUUGAGAUAAUUCACUAGCUACCCAUUUCAUUGUAAGCAAUUAUGGAAAGCACAGUGUAGAUGAGUUAUUCUGCUUUGGUAAAUUGUAUGCCAUGAAUUGUUCAUGGAAAAGUUUGAAUUCAAUUAAGCAAUUUCAAAUGCAGAACAGAUGGAUAUUCAUGAAAUAUAUCUGCAGUACUAUGGUAUUGUUUUCCUUUUUAAAUAAGUUGUCUGUAACCUGGCCAUAAGUGUCCUUGUAUAAGCUAGAGAAGAAAAAAAAAGUUUUGUGUAAAAAGAUCUGAAUUAUUGAAUUUUUUGAUAAACUAUUUUUGAAACGUCAUUUAUGGCACUGAUAUGUACAGUAUAUCAUAUGCAGUCACUAUUGCUACCCUCAUGUAUCUCUGUAAGUCGUUUGUGUCAAGAUCUUUCAAUUGCCGAUGGGAAUCUACUUUGACUUUGGCAUUUUCAUACUUUUAAAAAAGUUGACGAGGAAGCCCUACUGCUUCACUGUAAGGUUGAUCUUAAGUUAGACAGGAAGGUUUAUUUGCAUGGUCUCUAACUUGUUGGGUCGAGUGAACUUGUUUUAUGAAUAAUGUGCAGCUUUAAUUGUAGCUGAUUAAUUUCAGUCAAGUAACCCAUAUGAUUAGAUUUUUGCAAUAUAUUAUGAUUUGUAAAUCUGAUUACAUUGUUGUUUUGAUUGUUGUGUGUCAUGUCCCUUAUAAAUAAAAUAAUUCACAGUA